AUGCAGCGCUCUAGGUCAAUUGCCGUUGCCAGCGCCCUCCGGGGCGUCUGCCGCAGCCAGACUCAGACUUGGACUCGCAAUGCCGCCGUCCGGCGCUUUAUCUCGACUGUAGUUGCUGCCCCGGUGGUGCAGCAACCGAAGAGUAGCUUCUCUGCGUCCGUCGUUCGCCAGCAGGCUGUUCGCCCAACGCAGAUUCGGACUCAAGCUCGUCGCAGCUAUGCCUCCUCUUCCUCAAACGCGCCCCUCCAAAAAACCGCCCUCUACGAUCUGCACCUCCGGUAUGGCGCGAAGAUGGUCCCCUUCGGCGGCUUCCACAUGCCUGUGCAGUAUUCCUCCCUCUCCGUCAUCCAGUCGCAUCUCUUCACGCGCUCGCAUGCUUCCCUCUUCGACGUCGGCCACAUGGUGCAGCGCCUGUUCUCCGGGCCCGGUGCCGCCCAGUUCCUCGAGCGCAUCACCCCUAGCGCUGCGUCGGCUCUGGGAGAGCACAGGAGUACCCUGAGCUGCAUCAUGCAUGCCGAUGGGUCGGGCGGCAUCGUGGACGAUACCAUUGUGACCAAACUGACGGCAGACAAGUUCUAUGUUGUAACGAACGCCGCGUGCCGCGACAAGGACAACGAGUACCUCCGGAAGGAGAUGGCCAAGUGGAACGCCGAGCCGGGCCAUGAGAGCUUGCAGGUGAAGGAGGAACAGCUCUCCGAGAGCGGCCUGAUCGCCCUCCAGGGCCCUGAGGCUGCCCCGAUCCUGUCCCUCCUCCUCCCCAAGGACUUCAACCUCCGCGGUCUUCUCUUCGGCCACUCUGCCUACACGCCCCUCAUGCUCCCCGGCAGCAACACCCAGACCUCUCCCGUGCUGAUCUCCCGCGGCGGCUACACUGGCGAAGACGGCUUCGAGAUUUCCAUCCCCUCACCCGCCGAGACCGUCACCAUCACCGAGGCCAUCCUGUCGGCCGGCGGCCCCGAGAAGGUCCAACUUGCCGGCCUGGGUGCCCGUGACUCGCUUCGUCUGGAAGCCGGCAUGUGCCUGUACGGCCACGACCUGGAUGAUACCACGACCCCCGUGGAGGGUGCGCUGAGCUGGAUCAUCCCCAAGGAGAGGAGGGGCCCCGAUGCGGGGUACUAUGGUGCUGAGAAGAUUGCUAAACAGCUCGUUCCCAAGGCCAAGGGCGGCGAGGGUGUCGAGAGGAGGAGGGUUGGCUUGAUUGUCGAGGGCGCCCCCGCAAGAGAAGGGUAUCCGAUUGUUACUGCGGAGGGAGAGAAGGUUGGUGUUGUGACCAGCGGGUGCCCCAGCCCAAGUCUGGGCAAGAACAUUGCCAUGGGGUAUAUCAAGGAGGGGCUGCAUAAGGUUGGCACUGAGGUGCAGGUCGUCGUACGGGGGAAACCGAAGAAGGCUGUUGUGAGUAAGAUGCCGUUCGUGCCAAACAAGUACUGGAGGGGAGAGUCCGCUUAA